CGUCUCUCGCGCAUCUGCCCGACUCCGGUAGCUUCUCACCGCCCCUAACAACGACCUCGUCUUCCGUCUACUCUCACACUUUAUCGCUUCGAUAACCCGUCAUCGCCACAAUGUCCACCGAACUUUGCCCCGUCUACGCGCCCUUCUUUGGUGCCAUGGGCUGCACCUGCGCCAUUGUCUUCACCUGCUUGGGUGCCUCCUACGGCACUGCCAAGUCUGGUGUUGGUAUUGCCGCCAUGGGUGUCCUCCGCCCUGAUCUUAUCGUCAAGAACAUUGUUCCCGUCAUUAUGGCUGGUAUUAUUGGUAUCUACGGUCUGGUCGUCUCCGUCCUCAUCUCCGACGGUCUCAAGCAGGACCUCCCUCUGUACACUGGUUUCAUCCAAUUCGGUGCUGGUCUCUCCGUCGGUCUUGCUGGUCUCGCUGCUGGUUUUGCCAUUGGUAUCGUCGGUGAUGCCGGUGUCCGUGGAACUGCUCAACAGCCUCGCCUCUUCGUUGGAAUGAUUCUGAUUCUCAUUUUCGCCGAAGUCUUGGGUCUGUACGGUCUCAUUGUCGCCCUUCUGAUGAACUCAAAGGCCAGUCAGGAUGCUGUCUGCGCGUAGAACGAGUCAAUCCAUUUCCGGCCAAAAAACAAGACACAUUUGCCUUUGCCAACCUCGUUACCCCUGGUAUGAAAAAAAUUGGUUUCUGGUCAACAAGAUGAUAAC